AUGUUAUAUUUUCAGGUCUGUUUCGUUGCAGCUCUAUCAGCGUCAGCCGAUAAGCAAAAGAGGAACAUUCUACUAGGCAAUCCAUACUACGGAACCGAGCAUGAUCAUCAUCACAAAUACGAAAAUGAGGUAAAACCUCAGCAAAUCUACGAACCGCCUAGUUACAUACCCGGCAAAUCUUUGAGAGCUGACUUCUUUGCGAUCAGUGAUGCUGACAAAACUUCUUCCUCGUGCUAUCCAUCUCCUACGGAAUAUAGGAUUAGUUUUUCUAUGCAGAUUCUCAUCAACUUCAUUAAAUCCGUUGAUGAUAAAAACUCUGCCGCAAUAAAAAAAACUAAUCCCAGAGCAGCCAGCGAUUGUUCACAAGCAUGUGGAAAUUGCUUCGGAAACCGUCUCCCUUCCGCAAGUGAAGGAAGAAGUCUUCUAUCAAUAUUUUCUCCAAUUACCUCGUACUCCUCGUACGACAACAUACUCUUGAGAAUCGUGGGUUACCAUCUGCAAGUGCAAGUCGUCAUCUGUAUCAAGUAUCGGUGA